CAGAGUCCCUUGGACCCCGGAGCCAGAAGGAGCCUCCUUCCUUCCUUCCUUCCUUCCUUCCUCCUCCUCCUGAGGCGCAGCCUUCCCGCUGGCUCUCUCCCUCUCUCUUGCCGGGGCUUUGGCGGGAUGGUGCCGGGCUCGGAGGAGGAGGGCUCCGGGGAAGCAGCCCCUCCGCUCCGAAAGGGCUUCUGAGGCUCCCAGGAGGAGGCUCCUGCUUCUUCUUCUUCUCCCCGACGCCGGACCCAUGGCUUCCCCGCAGGGUCUGGGCGCCGGAGAGAGAGACUGAGGCGGAGGAGAGGCAGAAGGCACCCACCCAGCCCUGCCCCAGGAGUCGCCCCGCAGGCAGGAGGAGAGCCGGCCCCGGGGGGCCCCCGAGCAGCCCUUCGUCCCCUCCUCCCCUCCAUCCUCCUCCUCUUCCUCCUCUCCACCUCCCCCUCCUCUUCCUCUUUUUCCAUCUCCCUCUUCUUCUCUAUUUUCUUCCUCUUCUUCCUCCCCUUGCUCUACCUUCUUCCUCCUCCUUCUUCUCCAUCUUCCUCCCUCUUCCUCCGCUUUAUCCUCCUCUUUCUCCUCCACCCUCCCAUCUUGUUCCCACUUCCUCGUCCUGCUCUUUCUUGUCCAUCUGCCUCCUCCUCUUCAUCCUCCUCCAUCUUCCUCUCCUUCUCCCUCCUUCUCCUCUUCCUCCGUCCUCCCAUCCUGUUCCCCCUUCUUCUCCAUCGCCUUCCUCUUGCACCAUGGUCCCUGGCCUGGCCUCGCUGGGGCCCUUUCCUCCCCCUCCAGGGCUGCUUCUCCUCCUCCUCCUCCUCCCGCAGAGACGGCCAGGAGGCAACCGCUGCUGCGACGGGGGGAAAGGGCAAUAACAACUCCGCCGCCCUUGGCAUCCCUCCUCCUCCUCCUCCUCCUCCUCCUCCUCCUCCUCCUCCUCCUCCUCAGUCUUACUCCUAUCCUUACUAGCAGCGCGGGGGCUCUUCCUCCUCCUCCUGGGACCCUCUCCCUGCCUCCCCGCAAAGGACCGGAGCAGGGGACCUGGGACCUUCUACGGGGUUACUAUGCACUUGCGAGUGGUGUCUUGGCUCUUCAUCGCUUGGCACUUGGUGGAAUCCGUUGGCAGCCAGCAGCAGCAGCAGCAGCAGCAGCCCCCCUCCAGAGUCCGGCGCCAAGGAAGGAUGCAUCGUAAUAUGAGCCAACCCUGCCCAAGAGGAUGUGCAACAUGUUCUGAAUACAAUGGAUGCAUAACAUGCAAAUCUAAGCUCUUUUUUCAUCUGGAGAGGAGAGACAUGAAACAAAUAGGCAUGUGUGUUUCAUCCUGUCCCCCUGGACAUGUUGGGCAACGAUCCCCAGAAAGAAAUGAGUGCACAAAAUGUAAAGAUGACUGUGAAGCCUGCUUCAAUAAAAAUUUCUGCAUGAAAUGUAAAAAUGGGUUUUAUCUACACCAUGGAAAGUGCCUUGAAAACUGCCCUGACUGGCUGGAACCCAACAACCACACUAUGGAGUGCAACAGUAUUGUGCAUUGUAAAGUUAAUGAAUGGAGCGCAUGGAGCCUUUGCACAAGAAGAGGAAAAACAUGUGGCUUCAAGAGGGGAAAUGAAACAAGGGUCAGAACAAUCCUACAGCUUCCUUCUACACGAGGCAGACCAUGUCCACAUACAAGUGAGAAAAGAAAAUGUGUUGUAGAAAGAAAGAAAUGCCCGAAAGAAAUGCCAGAGAGAACAAAGGGAAGAAGAAAAAAGCCAAAGAGAGAAGAAAGCAAGGAAACCAGUCAGGAAAACAGAGGUCCAGAAUCAAGACAGCAAAACCGAGAACGGGAAAACAAAAGUAAAACACAGUCCAAGAAAAGAAGAGUGCAGGAUAAACAGCAGAAGCUAGCACCCAUAAGCACUGCACACUAACCGCCUAAUACCACUGUUUUAAAGACUUUUGCUGCUGCUAUCUCCACCAGGUCCCUGGGCCCGGUGCCCUCCAGUUAAGCCACAAAUGGACUAUAUUACCAGUUAUAAUUAAAUCUUAAACAACAUUCCAAGUAAUUCCUAUUAUAUUCUACAUGCAGUCAUAGUUUAUUCAAGAGACUGACAUGAGCCAAGAUUUUGGUGGUGGUGUUUUUUUAAAAAAACACACAAACAAAAACUUUAAAUGGGAUACUUUCAAACUUAUAUUACAUGCUUCCGUGCAUCUCUAAGAGACAUCUUAAAGUUUUGUAUAUAAGUAUCAAUAUGGUAUAAGGCAUAGCAAUAUAUUGAAUGACAUCUGGAAAAAAACAUCUUUUUCCUUUGUAAAAAAUAUUUUUUGUUUAUGAAGCAAGAGAUAUCUAAGUAAAAGAUGCAGUAUCCCUACGCGCAUAAUUAUAUAUGUUAUAUAUGAAUCAAAAAGAGGAAAUCUCUUAAUAAGUUGUGGAAAUCUAAAGUCUGAUAACCCACAGUCUAUCAGAACUUUGUGGUUGCUUGGAUUUCAUCCCAGAAUGAAGUCAGAAACUCCAGAAAGAACCACGCCAGGGCUCUGAAAGUAAAGGAGAGAAGAAGUAGAAGCAACAGCAAGCAGAUGAAGGGCUCUUGUGAACAACUAGCAACGGGGCUUAGCUAUGUAGCGCUCUUAUCUGCAGGACAGCACAAUUUUUUUUUCUGGUCUAAACCAUAAUUAUACAGUGUGUGCUGUUCUAUGCUUUUUGUAACUCUGUGUAACUUAAAUCUACAUUUCAAAUCUUUCAGUGACUCAUAAAUCAUAUUUGUAGGAAACAAACAAAAACAUUGAUUGAAUAAAGAACAGAGAAAAUAGA